AUGUCCAGCAGGUAUCACAAAGCAGCAGCUGACGGCAACUUGGAGCUCUUGAAAGAAGCCACUAGGAAAGACCUCAAUACUUCAGAUGAAGACGGGAUGACGCCCACCCUUCUGGCAGCAUACCAUGGGUAUCUAGAGGCUCUGGAAGUCAUAUGUCGGAGGGGAGGUGAUCCGGACAAAUGUGACAUCUGGGGGAACACGCCUCUCCACCACGCUGCUUGCAAUGGUCACAUCCAUUGUGUUUCUUUUUUGAUUAACUUUGGUGCCAAUAUCUUUGCUCUGGACAAUGACCUCCGCACUCCCCUGGAGGCGGCUGCCAGCAGAGACCGCAACGAAUGUGUCAGAAUCCUGGACAAAGCUGCCACCGAGCAGAACAUGCUGAAUCCAAAGAAGGUCUCCAAACUCAAAGCACAGGCCCAGAGGAAUGUAGAGAAACAAAUCAAGGAAUGUGAGAAGCGCCAAGAGAAACACCAGCAUGAAAUGAAUCAGAAUUAUAUGAAAGAAAAGGUUGGCACAGUAAAUUCUUCCAGAGGGACACACUCCAGAGUAAAGUUGCCUAGUCUCUUUGCUUCAAAUACAAGUUCUUUCUCCAAAAGCCUAAAAGAUACCUUCAAACUGAAGGCAAAAAAGACAGUUGACAGCACAAGAAGCCAGGAAACACAAAGCAAUGACCAAGAGGAUAGUAAAGGAAGGAGAACUGUCAUGCAUUUGUUCGAUGAGAAAGAGGAAGAUGAAUUACUGAAUGACCCUGGAGAGAAAAACUUUCCUGAUAAUGACAGUCAGCUCUCCAUUUUUAAGCGGCCAGGUCUUGGCAAGAUUGUAUUUGGAAGGAAUUUGGCUGCAGAUGUAAAUCCUGGAACUGUGUCUCCUGAGAAAGAAGGUAUAAACUUUAAAAUGUCCAGUGAGCUCUUUCAGUAUGAAAAUACUGAGAAUGGCAGGGAAGAUGAUGCUGAAAAUGGUGCUAAUGUCCCUUGGCAUGAGGAAGAAGUCAUUUGGGAUGACGAGGAAGCUGAGAACACGCCCCUUGAGGUAUUUCUGGCAUCACAGAUGCUGGACGAGUUCCUUCCAGUCUUCAUGAGGGAAAAAAUUGAUUUAGAUGCCUUGAUGUUAUGUUCUGAUGAAGAUCUACAGAGCAUUCAGAUGGAGCUUGGGCCAAGAAAGAAAGUUCUGAAUGCCGUGAAUAAAAGAAAAGCAGCACUCAAGAACCCUGGCAAGACUGUAGAUACUUGCUUAUAA